CUGCAAGCGAGAGUCCAUCUUGGAGAACGGUUCUUUCAGCUCCGUUAAUUUUUUUUAUUUUUUUUUUUAUUUUUUUAUUUAUUUUUUACUGUAAGCCGGUUAAAUUGAGCUUAUUUCGCUUUUUGUGCAUGUGUCAUAUGUUAAGAAAAUCCAUGCGCAAUAACAAAUGUGAUAAAAAAAAAAAAUCCUUCUUUUUUGUAUCUUAAUGAGCUUAGAUGUUAGCAUGUAGCUGGUUUAGCUUUGCGUGCAUGUUGCUUUAGCUUUCGCUACUCCUCUUUAAUUACAUUUAUUUAAAAUGCUAUUGAGGUUAUACAUUUGAACGCCUGAUUUUAUUGUUGUAUUAUGUAUUUGCCAGAGAGACACUAAAUCAUAGUUUAAUGUAUAUCUUUACGUUGAAUUCUUUUGGUAUUAUCCAUGCUACUGCUCUCUUUCCAGCGUCAAACCGCGUAUUCACAUAAAUGUAAACGUUUCUUAUCUAAAGGUGAUCAAAAACUACUAGAAUGGCCGACGCAGAGCAUCAGUUCAUGGAGACCUCCGAGAACGGAAACGGAGCGGAAUUCACGGAGGCCGGAGCGGAUGAAGAGAACAGAGGCGCAGAGGGAGGACAGAUCGACGCCAGCAAGGGCGAGGAAGAUGCUGGUAAAAUGUUUGUUGGAGGACUCAGCUGGGACACCAGCAAGAAAGAUCUCAAGGACUAUUUUUCCAAGUUUGGGGAGGUGACCGACUGCACCAUAAAGAUAGAUUCAAACACGGGCCGGUCACGAGGGUUUGGAUUCAUCUUGUUCAAAGAUCCAGGGAGUGUUGACAAGGUGCUACAGCAAAAGGAACACCGACUCGACGGGCGACAGAUCGAUCCUAAGAGGGCAAUGGCCAUGAAGAAGGAGCCAGUGAAGAAAAUCUUUGUUGGUGGCUUAAACCCUGAAACCACCGAAGAGAAGGUCCGAGAAUACUUUGGGGCCUUUGGAGAGAUUGAAACUAUUGAACUGCCAACUGAUCCAAAGACGAGCAAAAGGAGGGGCUUUGUUUUCAUCACAUACAAGGAGGAAUCUGCGGUCAAGAAAAUCCUUGAAAAGAAAUACCACAAUGUUUGCGGAAGCAAGUGUGAGAUUAAAGUCGCCCAGCCUAAGGAGAUCUACCAGCAACAGCAGCAGCAGUACGUUAAUCGUGGAGGCUACGGCGGUCGUGGCAGGGGCCGUGGGGGCCAGAACUGGAACCAGGGAUAUAACAGCUACUGGAACCAGGGCUAUGGCAACCAAGGCUAUGGUGGCCAGCAGGACUAUGGCAGUUACGGUGGAUAUGGCAACUACGACUAUUCCUCUGGCUACUAUGGCUAUGGUGGAUAUGACUACAACCAGGGAAAUCCAAGCUAUGGGAAAACACCCAGACGUGGAGGCCACCAGAUUGGCUACAAGCCAUACUGAUCACAUAUAGAACAGGACUGAAGCAUUCUUAAACCAAGACUCUGACAUAGUGACAACAGCUGGUCACACAGACAUGGACUCCUUUACAGGACAAGAUCAUGAUCCAUUUGUACAGAACAGACUAAUAGGGGAAGCAAUGUCACUUUUCCACAUUUUUAUUUUAAUUUUAUUUUCCUUUGUCCACGUGCAUUUCCAGAGUUGGAAGUGUUAUUUUUACUGUACUUUUUGGUACCUUUUUUGAAUAAUGUAUUGUAUGGAUGUAUUUUACAUGUCUACUGGAUUUACCACAUGAGGUUCGGGAGCUGCCAGAGCUUUUGAAAUAAAACAAUGAGUAAUUUCCCCCAGUGUUUCCAUAUGUUUACUAUGCUUAUAUUUGCUUAUGUUCCUGCAAGUUGCAAGGCUACAAACCUGCAUAGAAUAGGAGAGUUUUUUGGUGUGUGUGUGUGUGUGUGUGUAAUAUAUAUAUAUAUAUAGGAAAAAUUAAAUAUCAUUGCAAGUAAUAGUCAAUGUCAGCAUUUUGGAUAAUAUUAGAAUUAAAUUUAUUUGCUUGGAUUUAAUAUGUAUUUUUUACCUGCCUUGGUUGUAAUGAAGCUAAAGCUUUCUCUGGACUCUAGUGAACCGAUUGUUUCUCACUAAUCUCAUUCCUAUAGUGUUUUGGUAGAAAUAAAUGAUUUGUAAGAUUU